CGCUGUCCCACACUGCCCCACAUUCCGCUUGCUCUCACUCCUGAACAAGCCCCUAUUCUUUCUUGCAGCCUCUUCUGAGUUUGUAAAGAUGUCCAGGUUUUGGCAAAGUAUCAUCUGUGUCGUUGAGAUAUUCCACAAAUAUGCCCUUGAGGAUGGCGACAACCAGGCAACACUCACCCGCAGAGAGCUGAGACAGCUCCUUGAGGGAGAAAUUGGAGACUUCCUUCAGCCACAUGUCUUUCAUGCUGUGGAGAGAAAACUGAACCUUCUGGAUCUUGGCAGAGAUGGUACCAUCAGUUUUGAGGAAUUUCUUCUUGCAAUCUUCAGCAUAUUGAAUCCCUCUUAUUUUGCCAUAAAUUCAGAACCAAGACUGAUGUCUAAAUCAGAGAAGAUGGAUGCUGUAGAUUUUGGAGCAAUCACUGGAGGCACUCAGCGGGUAGUAGGGAUCGGGCCAACUCAAGAAAGGCUCAUACUUCCAUUAGAAAUGGCAUCAUCAGAUCAGAUCAGCAAUGAAGAAGGUGAGGCAGGUGACGAGCCUAGAGCGAGCCCUUGGGAAGACAUUAAGGCCCAUAGCCUGCCAAGAAAUGUGUCUGAGCCAAAUGACUCUGAGAACCAACAGCCAAAAGAAGAUGCUCAGGAAGUCGUGCAAAACAUACCAGCAACAGAAUAUGAUGGAGUCCAAUUUAAGAGAAAUACAACAGUAGAAGUAUCCAAACAGAGCACCAGUCCAACACAGGAGAUCCCAAGAGAAAGAAGUAAUCCAUCCAGGAGGCAAAGUGACACCAAGAUAAGUGACCAAAUGACACAGAGUCCAACUGAAGAUGGGGAACAGGCUUCUACAACACAAGAUCCAGUUCUUCAGAAAGAAGACAAAGCCACUGAGUCAGUGCCCACUGAUUUGCCAGUAGUAGCUGCUACCGGGAAAUCAUCUCAGACACAGGAAUUUUUUGAGGCUACGGAUGAUACUAGACUAUCGGAGACUCAAGAAGCUGGGAAGGAUGCUGGCAGAAUACCACCUGACACCACAAAUUUAGAGGAGCCCAAGGCUGACGCUAGAGCAUCUGAGAGCCACAGAUUACCAGCACAAGAAAGAGAGCAUGAAACAGGCGACCAGUCUGUCCAAAGCCAGAGCAGAAAUGUUUCUAAAACAUUUAGUAGAGGUGAAUGGGAAGAGGAGCAGAAAGCAACCAGAUCCCCAGCAUCAGAAGCUGAAACACACGAUGAGAAGUGUCAAGAAUUUCCAAGGUCGAGGAGAGAAAAUGAUGCCGAAAAGGGCUCUGCUGUGCUAGAUCCAAGCUCUGAAGAAGGAAAUCAGAAUCUCCCUGAAAUUAAGGAAGAAUCUAUCUCAGGAAAGGAGACAAGACACAGUGAGGAAGAUACAGUAGAUGCAUUUGCAGUCAACAAAAACAGCCCUACGGCUGAAAAAACACUGGGAACAAGAGAAAGGUCCCAGGAGCUGGCACCACUUGAGAAGCAAUCUCAAGGAAAGGAGCAUAAGGCCAUCACGACUCAUGACAAGCCAGUCAGGAAGGAGGACCACAAUGAGGGAGAAGAUCCUGAGGUAUCAGUUACACAGAGUGAUGAGGGCUUUUAUGAAACUCCCAACAGCCUGGCUCAGGAGGUAGGUAAGAGCAGCUCAGAGACAGCUGUACCAGGGGAUUCACAGAGUCAGGAAGACCACCAUGGAGAUGCUAAACAAGAAAGUUACAGUAACAACCCAGAUCCUCUGAAGCAGGGAGCACCAGGUGAGAGCAGCAGAGAGCAGGAGGAGGUAGUGCUGUCAAUCCAAGAAGAUGGACAGCUCCCAGAGGAACAGAAUCAGUCUGCCAGAGAGAAGCAUGAUGGUCUGAGUUCAAGGACCAAAAGAGGCCCAGGGGCAGGUGUGGCGCCCAGUGAAGGUGGGGAGGUACAGGAGGCCACAGCAGCAAGUGAACAUAGAAAAUCCCUAGAGGCAGAGGGUUCAGAGGCCCAGUGAGUCUACUGAAUGUUGAUCUAUUUGGCUUGAUGGGAACUUUGGAUUCAAGUUGAUAAUUAAAUAACUUGAUGAUC